AUGCCAAUUCGCCUUGAUCGUUACUAUGUUAUGAUCAUUUCUAAAUAUCUCAAAGACGUUGGGGACUUCAUUAAGUUGGUCCACGUCUGCAAAAAGUUUGCUGAAAUACCCGCCAUGUUUCACUAUAAUCCAGUUUCUAUGAAAGGCAAAAACAAGUUCUUUUCGAAUAUUGAAACUCUUCAUUUGUAUUCCAAAUAUGAUGAAGACGAUGACAGAUAUACCAAAUGUGUAUAUGAAUAUAUAUUAUCAUACUCAAAGUAUCUUGAGCUCAAAUCCGAUCGUUCUAAGUUCAAAAAAGUUCGAUACACAAACGCCGAUUAUUUAAAAUACAAAACUUUUGAAGGAGCUACAAUACUUUCUAAUGGGUGUUUCAGUUUUAAAUUUCUAUCUUCAACUCAGCAAAUAUUUGACAUGCACAAUAUACUCUCAUUUGGUACACAAUGUUUUUAUAAGAACACUUCCCUUCAAGAAAUUCAUUUAGACAAACGCCUUACGGUACUUCCAUCUGAAUGUUUUAGUGAAUGUAAGAACCUUAAAGAGAUUGACCUUUUCUAUGUGACAAAUAUUGGUGAAAAAUGCUUUGAAGAGUGUUCGAAAUUGUCUUCCAUCAUUCUUGCAAAAUCAUUGGAUAACAUCGGAUCAAAUGCAUUUUUACAUUGUUACAACAUCAAAAAUGUGACGACAAAUGGUUUUAAAAAAUUGAACACUUUGAUCAACUUAUCGAGUUUUGAAGCAUUUAAAACUCUGAAUCCCUCUAUUUCAUUGUCAUUUUAUGACGUUUUUCAUUGGAAGAAUUCACAAAACGCUUUGUUUGAGUAUCCUAUUUCACAGAUAGAAAGCCAGGCGUUUUUAAUAAUGGUAUAA